GUUCUCCGGUGUCAUGGACAGUUGGAACGUUUGGCACGAGGUUGUUGGCACAAGCUACCACGUCACUCUCGAUCGUCGCACCGCUCUGCCAUGCUCAAGGUCAUCCUCCAGCACCACUCGAAGAUGGGUGUGCUGUUUGUGAUAGCAGCCAUCAUGUGGGAAUACCCUCGCAUCAUGAUGUUCCAGUACCUGCUGGGCAUGGUCAGCGACACCAUCCAGCGCAACACCCAACCUCGCGGCUUGCGUGUGUUCCAGUCCAUGGUGCUCGCGGCCAUGGUGGCUGCGAUUGCGCACGACCUGUCGGUGUUUAAUUCUGCUUCGUCUUCGACCAACGACUUCUCCACCGUUUCGUCGCCAUAUCCCCGUCGCAUUUGGAAAUACGCGGUCGCCACGCCCAUGACGCUGUGCGGUGGCCUCGUUCGCAUUCUGGGCGUGCCUGUAUAUUCACUCGUGGUUGCCGUGUGGGAAGCAGUCGUCGUCCUCUACGGAUUCCCACUCGACGAAGCGCAAUACAGUCGGCUCCAUGAUGCAUAUGUCCAGGAGCUUCGGUCGCGCCCAGAAACGGUACCGCCGCCGCAUCUCUUGACCAACCUUGUCUACUUUGCCACCUCCUCGUCACCUUUAUCGACUACUUCGAUCAAACCCGACCAAAUGGAGCCUCUCUGGACGUACGCGCGUUUUUCCGGCAAAAUCGUCAUUGCGCUGUUCUUUUGCGUGGUGUACGGCCUUGCUGCCUUUUGCAAUGCGCCUGGACUUGAGGGUGAACACCUACGAGAUGCCGCGCGCAACUGCGACGUCGACAGUGCCAGACGAGCGCUCUCACGUGGAACGGACCCCAACUCAAAAGGCCAAGACAAGGCAACCGCACUGCACAUAUGCGGCCAGCAGGCACUACCAGAGAUGGCUCGGCUACUGCUCGAAGCCGGGGCGGACGCGAACGUGCGGGACUCCCUCGGGUUUUCGCCGCUGCACUGGGCAGUUCAACUUCGACGGGAGGAGCCUUGUGUCGAAAAGCGGCUAGAAAUAAUCCGUGUCUUGCUCGAGUAUGGCGCAAACCCGCGGUUGGAGGAUUUUCGAGGAAACACGCCGCUGUCGAUUGCGUCGCGCGCCGAAAACGCUAGGGCUGGGCACGUCAUUGCCAUGUUUGAUCGGGGAGACGAACGUUUUGCACCCGAGGCCACGACGACCCGCGCGAUGGCGUUCCCAACCGUUAGUUGAUAUGUACAUUACCAGGUGAAAUUUACCAGAUUUCUUGCA